AUGAAGCUUGGUGUCAACUUUCUUGCACUUUGUGCGCUUUUGUCGCUGUCCGGCUCAAGCUUAGCCGCCCCCAGCUCAGCUACCAGCGGCCAAGUGAUCAAGGCACCAAAGAUCCCGUCUUCCUGGAGGCACGUUGGAUCGGCGAGGGGCAGCACGCCUUUCUCCUUCACCCUUCACCUCAAUAGCGCAAACCUAGCCGGACUGGCAUCUCGCUUGGACCAGAAUGGUGCCAUUGCCUUGAGCGAGGCAGAGGUGGCCGCCUACGCUUCGCCAACCAACGCUACCUUGGCCACAGUACAGAGCUACCUAAAAGCCCAGGGCAUCGCUGACUCGGCAAUCAGCUACAAUAAUUUCAAAGAUCAAAUUACUGUCAAAUCAACGGUUGCUCAGGCUUCCAAGCUCUUCUCAGCCAGCCUCGCUUCAUACAGCAACCCUGACGGCACGGUACUCCCUCGUACUACAAGCUAUACGAUUCCAGCCCAGAUCUCCAGCUCUGUAAGCCUUGUUCAGCCCUUGGCGUCCUUCUUCCAGAUUACUACCGGUCCAGGUAAAGGCAACCUCACCACUGCAGCAACCAAGCGAUUUGAGCUCGAGGAGCGUGCUGCUACGGCUCCUCCCGAUUGUGUCGCCAACAGAGUGACCCCGACCUGCUUGCGAGAGCUCUACGGGACCAACACCUACACUCCCACGGGGGGCGCCAACACAGACAUCCUCGUCGCUGGCUUCAUCGGCCAAAGCUUUUCGCAAGCCGAUCUUACCCUAUACUUGCAGCAAUUCAGGCCCGACGCUGCCACCUACGUGAUGCCCGUCAUUGAAGCAAAAAAUGCGGUCAACGACCCCGCAAAUCCUGGCGACGAGGCCACUCUGGACGUUCAGACCGUCGUCGCCCAGACGUACCCGCUGAAGUCUGUCUACUACAACUACGGCACUGCGACGGACAACGGUGGCGACAUCUUCGAAGCUGCCUUCACUGACAUCAUCAACAACUAUCAAGCAUACGGCAGCCCAGGUGUCUAUUCGGUCUCGUAUGGAUCGGACGAGGCUGGCUUCGGUGCAACUGAGGCACAAGUCUUGUGCAACAGUGCCAUGAAGCUCACCGCCAUGGGCACAACCAUCGUGUUCUCUUCGGGCGACAAUGGCGUCAAUGGCCAAGGUACUAACAACGGGGACAGCUGCCCUCCAUUUGUUCCCACGUACCCCUCUGGCUGCCAAUACAUUCUCUCCGUCGGUGCUACCGUGAAUUUUGCUCCUGAGGUUGCUGUGACCGCAGCGACGGCCGGCUAUUACGGCGGAGGCGGCUUCAGUAACGUCUUCGCCCGCCCCACAUUCCAGAAUACAGCCGUCUCGCAAUACAAGACCGUGCUCGGUACCAAAGACGCCGGUGACUACAGUACCACUGGACGAGGCUAUCCCGACAUCAGCGCGCAAGGCUACGCAUACCUGAUCACGGAAAACGGGAACAAUUACAGAAUCAGCGGUACCUCCGCUUCGUGCCCCACGGUUGCCAGCAUCUUUUCUCUUCUCAACGAUGCACGCCGAGCAAAAGGGCAGAAAAACCUCGGCUGGGCUCACCCGUUCCUCUACAGGACUCCCACUGGCCUCACAGACGUCACAAGUGGGGGAAGCUACGGAUGUGCCGACGCCACGCUUGGGUUCCCUGCCGCCAAGAGGUGGGACCCCAGCUCAGGCCUUGGCACACCCUACUUUCCGAAUCUGCGAACUGCCCUCGGUAUCUGA